CAGAACAUGAUAAUUUUGCCAAAAUUUUCACUACUUUUUAAAGCUUUUCUCCACUAUUUUACUUACAAUCGUCAUAUAUCUUAUGCAGACAUAUCACUGAGUUUCCGUGUAAUUGUGUGAACAUGUUUUCAAGAAAUAGGAAUUAUCUAUGGUGGCGAUUUAUGGUGUUUUCAUCGAGAAAACCUUCCGAAUUCUUCGUAACAAGUUUCACAAAGAAAGUACCAGUGUGUAUUUGUACACAAUACACAAAAAAACAUACAGAUACCAAUGUUUAUGGUUUGAUUGGUGAAAUUAUCCACUUGACAGUGAAACAUCACCUGAGAUGAGUGGAAUCACCGAAGAGGACCUUCUUACUAAGCAAAAGAAGGAGAAAAAAGAGUUGCAAGCCAGGACAACAAAGUUAAAACACAGCAUUCCUAAAGGUGACAAGAAAAAGAAGAAGGAAGUGACUGCUGAAAUAGCAAUUUUGGAGGCCGAACUUGAACAGAAGCAUGAAGAUGAACUGAAAGAAUUUAAUGAGCCGAAAUCAGAUAGACUGGUAAAUGAUGUGACUGAAAAGGUGGAGAACUUAACAACAACUGAUGUGCCUGCCGAUGGACCGGUGUCUGAACGGGGUAAAAAGACUUCCAAAGCUCAGAAGAGGCGAGACAAGAAAGCCCAACAGGAAAAAGAAAGAGAAGAGCGAAUCAUGGAGGGAGAAGUUGAAAAUCUACUUGGAGAUCGGAACGUUGAGGCGGAGAAGCUCAAGGGUAUCUUACAGAAAAGAGGCCUUGCAAUCCAUGAGGUGCCAUCGGAUGGGAACUGUCUGUAUACUGCUGUUGUGGAUCAGUUGAUCAGACUGGAUAUUCAGUCUUCUGUGGACAGUCUUCGUCAACAAACAGCCACUCAUAUGAGAGAAAACAUGGAUGAUUUCUUCCCAUUUCUCACAAAACCUGAGACAUGUGACCCCUUUAGUCGAGAGGAAUAUGAAAAGUAUUGUGAGGAGGUGGAGAAUACACCUGCUUGGGGAGGACAAUUAGAGAUUCGUGCUCUGUCGAAUGUGCUGAAGAGACCAAUGGAGGUCAUUCAAGCAGACGGCCCAUGUGUUACCACUGGUGAAGAAUAUCAAGGACAAUCGUUACUACUGUCAUACCACCGUCACAAGUAUGGUCUUGGAGAACAUUAUAACUCAGUAAUACCAAAAGUGGAAGAAGAAGAAGAUGAAUUCACAUAACAAAGGAACACAACUUGAUGAACAGUUGCUCUGAUACGAUACUAGGACAAUCUACUUUAAACAUGUUUUGUUUGACGAACAUAAUUUACUGUCAAAUCAAGUGUGAAAGUGUCCAGCAAAUCAUGUCACAUUCAUUAUUUAUAAUUUGCAUUUAAAUGUAGCUCGAGACAAAAAAAA